AUGGCUUAUUCUGAGAGUUCUGAUGAGGAUAGGGCAGAAGUGCAAUUUAACAGAGAUGAUCCUUCUUUGGCAGAAGGAACUAUAUUCUCUGAUGUGAUAGAAUGCAGAAAUGCACUAGCAACUUUCUCAAUCAAGACACAAAGUGAGUUCAAAAUUGACAAAAGUGAGCCAGGUAGAUUGACAGUUCACUGUGCAUAUCCAAGGUGUAAGUGGAGGAUGCAUGCCUCCUUAAUGAGAAAUAGCAAAUUAUUUCAGGUGAAAGUUAACAGACAUCCUCACACAUGCCCUAGUGUGACAAGAAGGCAAAGGUUGAGGUUAGUAAAAUGCAGAUGGGUUGCAGAUGCAGUUAAGAACUGGGUCAGAGAAAAUUCAAAUAUUUCUGUGCCACAGCUUCAAACUGAUCUGAAGAAGAAGUAUGGGGUUGAACUGCCAUACAUGAGAGUUUUCUAUGGUAAGCAAAUGGCCAUUGACAAGAUAUAUGGUAAGUGGACUGAAAGUUUUCAUUUGCUUUAUACAUUCAAAGCUGAGGUUGAGAAGGCAUCACCUGGUAGUGUAGUUCACAUUGAUAAGCACACAGUGGAGUUUGAAAAAAAUGGUCAGAGAAGGUCCAAGGAGUGUUUUAGGAGAGCCUUUGUGUCAUUUAAGGAGUGCUGGAAAGGGUUUCUAGAUGGGUGUAGGCCAUAUCUGGUAGUAGAUGCCACUGCUCUGAAUGGGAGGUAUAGAGGACAACUUGUAAGUGCUUGUGCUGUAGAUGCAAACAACUGGAUCUUUCCAGUUGCUUAUGGUGUGCUAGAGGUAGAGAGCAUAGAGAGUUGGACAUGGUUUUUCCAGCACUUGAAGGACCUCAUAGGGCACCCAGAAGGGCUUGUCAUACACACUGAUGCGUGUAAAGGACUUGAAUCAGCUGUAGAUGCUGUGUUCCAAGGAGUAGAGCAUAGGGAGUGCAUGAGGCACCUUGCUGCUAACUUCUCCAAAAAGUUUAAGGGGAAUUUUUUUGAUGAGAACUUGUGGCCCUGUUCCCUAACUUAUAGCAGUAAAAAGCAUAACUACCAUUUGAGGCAGUUGUAUAGCAAGCCUGAUGUGAAAGAGUAUUUAGAUGAGCAUCACACCAAGAUAUGGGCCAGGGCACUUUUCAAUGAGUUCUGCAAGUUAGAUUAUGUGAACAAUAACCUUGCAGAGUCAUUUAAUUCCAAGAUAAGAAAAUGGAAAGGAUUGCACAUUGUAGAUCUGUUUGACAAGAUCAGGCAAUAUUUGAUGGAGAAAUUUGACCUAAGGCACAACAUUGCUGCUGCUACUUAUGUAGGGCACAUCAUAGUCCCUAAAGUGAUGAAAAUGCUGCUGCUGAAGUCCAAGAAGGGCUUGGACAUGAAUAUUGUGAAGAGAAGUACAUUUCAGGCAGAGGUGACUGCAAUUGACAAAGAGAACAGGGAGUGGAGGUAUCCUGUGGAUCUGCAAGCAAUGACAUGUAGUUGUAGAAAGUGGCAAAUUACUGGACAACCUUGCAUACAUGCUCUCUAUUUCAUUACUUCAAUGAGAGGUCCAGUAAGUGAGAUAGAUCAGUAUGUGCAUGAAUUUUACUCAGUUAAAAGAUUCAAUCUCACUUAUGCUGAAAAUUUGCCUGCAAUGGAGGGAAAACAACAGUGGGACAUUGUUGACCCUAGGUUUAAACUCUCUGCACCUGUGCAGCACAGACCUCCUGGCAGACCAAGGAAGACUAGGAUAAGGGCACAGUCUGAAGGAAAAGGCCUAGGAGGCAGGAGAAAGAAGUGCUCCCGCUGUGGAAGACUAGGACACCGUGGGGCCCACUGCAAAGAGUCCAUUGAUCCUGCUUUCGGAGAAGAUGAGCAUUGGGGUGCUGAUAAUGCUGGAAUAGAUGCUCCAGAAUCUGCUCAAGCAACUGCCCAAACUGAAGCUCCAGAAGAAGGAACAGAAGCUCCUAACUCUCCUCCAACUGCUACUAGCUCUCCUGCUGCUGCUAGUUCUCCUCCACCUGCUACUAGCUCUCCUGCUGCUCCUGGCUCUCCUCCACCUGCUACUUCCUCUAAGGCUGUUGAUACUGAUCUUGCUAGCCCAAGGAAGAAUUUCAAAAGGCCAGCUACAAGAGGUACAGAGUGGGGUUCACCACAGAAGAAGGCGAAAGGCGGCAUGCAACCAACUGUAAGCACAAGGAGCAAGGCUGCUAAUCCUGCAGCCAACACAAGGAGCAAGAUGGGCAAACUGUAA